AUGUUUGUCAGGCUGUCAUCAAGAGAAGGGGUGGUAUCUGUAAAAUCAAAUAGAUCAUUUCAAUCAAAAUGCAAUUUUCACUGGUUUAAAAAGUUAAAUUAAAGAUUGAUUUUUAAUUUGUUUUUGGCCGAUGCCACCUAACAUCGUAUGCUAACGUAUUAUUCUGUUUGGAUAAAAGUAUUCUUUUUUCUGUAAUAAACUGACUUACUAAUGCACAACAUUAGUAAAGAGCCUUUGUUUGUUACUUUGAAAGAGUUUUUCAAGAAAUACUAACAAUGAAUAGUAACGUGAUAUUCAUUAAACAGAAAUUCGAAUAACAAAGUCCAAGUAGAGUAUUUGAAUUACAUGCAUUCACUAUUAGACAACACAGUAAAAAACCUCAUAAAGAAGGUAAAAUACAAGAGAUCUCGAGCCAUUUCUUAUGCAAACAGUCAGGAGAGCAGAAAUGUUCAUGCAGUGGGUAACGGUGUAAACGGGCUACUUAACAAAACAGAGAGCAAUUUGAGUUUCAGAAGAAAAAAACACUAAGUAGGAGCAAAUGUUGCCGUUAUCCAAAAAUAUGGAAAUAAUUACAAUGCUUUCUAAUGCCAAGCUCUAACUUUGCAAUCGGACUAGCUUGUCGAUAUCGCCAUGCAUGCUACUGUAAAUAAAUAGUGAAGAUUUCGUGUGAAAGUACAUUCUGCGAUCGGAGUAAGUUUCAGACAAAAUAGUGGAAAUAUAAUAAUUUGGGAUAAGAAAUAGGUAACUUACGUUCUCUUGAAGACAUUAUUCAACCGUAGAUCUCAGUGCAUCUGCCGCAGAUCGCAAGAGAACCACUGAUUUUCAAAAGGGGGUUCGAACCAACGUGCUCUUGAUCGUGAAUGCUGAACAGUUUGAAAAACUUGUUUUCCGUUGAUCUCCAGCCAAUCACAGUUGGGUAUACAAGCCUCUUUCACAUGCAGCAUGAUACUAUCCCAGCAUUCCGUGCGGUAAGUGAAAACAAAUGUCGAACAGAGCGUGAUGUUGAGUUCUAUGUUUCUUGUGUGAUAAGUCUUGGAAUUAUCAUCUCUGAAGAUCCUUUAAGGUUUUGUCGAUGUCACAAGAAAAGAAAGCUAUUUUUUUAUUAUUUAUCCUCCCUGUAGUAUGCAUCCUUUCGCACGAAUUUGCAGGUAAGAGAUCUGCUUGAUUUUGUACUUGUGGAGUUUCGACACGCAAACUUUAAUUUAUUAAGAAAAUAUUUCCUGUCAAGCCUAACUACUAUGCCACACUACCUUGUUUCACUUUUAUGGUCAGAUUUUUAUUCAUGAAGUACCUAAUUUGGGCUUUUAUACAGAACGUUUUGUCUUCUCACCGAAAAUUACGUAAAGAAUGCCGUCGAGAUUGAAACUUGUAAAUUAAGAAAAUGAUGACAUAAUUUCAAUUUACUAUAGCAGACAGCUUUAUCUGCAUUUGUAUAAAAAGGGGUAGGAUCAACGGAUCUGAUGUAACAAACAAUAGGCAUUUGUGGAGUCUUAAUUAUUUGUUCACCGAAUCAAACAGCUUUCUAUUCGGUUUGUUUCUAUUUAUGGAAUUGUAUGUGUGGUUGUCAUCUGAUGUGUGUGCUAAUCAUCUGAUUUAAUAAACUGUUUCAUUAUGAUUCUAGUCAGAACUUCGUUUAAUUCUGUGUUCUUUUGAGCAGUUUCCCAUAAGUUUACAAUUUUAUAGCUGCAAAAUGUAAAUCUUAUUUAGAGGAAUGUGUGACAAACCAAAUGUCACUAUAAUAACUUCAAAUAGGUUAAAUGUUGUAGGGAUCCUUAAGGGGUUGCACAUCUUGAAUAACGCCUGAGACUUUGACAUUGCAAUUUGGAGCACUUAGGUCAAUCAGUUUGCAACCCAUGGCUUCCAACAUACCUCACUUACCAGCAGUGGAAGAAACUCAAGAACCUCCAGAAGCAAUUGUGGGUUGUGUUGAGUUUUUUUUAUGAAGAGGGGAAAGACAAGGAGAAUUUAAUGUGGUUUUUGGUUUUGAUAUUUUUUUUGCAGUUUUGUGGUUUUAGAUGAUUUUCCUACAGUUUUGAGGUUUCUAAUAGACCUCAAUAUCCCUCCCCCCUUUGUUGACUCUGGAGAUUUAAUCACAUUGUCUUUUAGUCAGUGUUCUGAUUACAUGAUGUAUAAAAGAUUGUAUGCAAAUACUUUUACAGGUCAUGCUUUAUUAACAAUUCACAGUUUACAUAGAAAAGAGAAACCUAAGAAUCAUGACUUUUGUUAGUCCCCGCAGGAAAUACUGCGUUUCAUCUUCAACCAAACAGAGGAGAAAGAUUACUACUUAAACCACAUGUAACAUGGGACAUGGAACUCCAACAUAAUAAAGUUGAGAGAUCCUGGAGAUAUGCAAUUAUCCAAGUACAUGCACAGCAAAACAACGUGACAUUGUCUCUCAAUCCUGUUUUUAAAUACGAUGAAACAGAUACAGGACAAGGUGUUGCAGUUCUGUAUCUAAUAAAAAGUUUAUUUGAAGAUUAUCACUUUUAUUUGAAGUCAGAGAGUAACGAUGACUCCUUUAAUGUUGACAUCAUCUCAGUUCCAUAUGUCUAUGGAGGUGAGUUGUUUUUAUGUAGUGCUGUUUAGAUUGCAGGGAUAACGUUGCAGUAAAGCUUUAUUUUAUUGUAUUAAUUUUACCAUGAAACAACACAGCAACUGGAUAAAUAAAUCAGGAAUGUAUCCCAGUACGGAAGCGAACCCCCUAAUUAGGGUUUUGUUAACCCAUUCACUCCAAUAAGUAAUCAAGCAUGAAUUUAUCCUCACAAUGUACUUACAUUUUCAAGUAGGAAGGUGAUGUGAAGUGAAAAAAAAUGAACAUGAACUGGGGGAUAUUGUUUGAAUGAUCACCUUAUUUUUAGGUCUAAAAAUAUAGGUGAUGAAUGACAAACAGUUUGGAGAAUCACUCUGGUAUUCAGAUCUUGAAGGUGAAAGGUAUAGAAAAUGUGGUUGCAGGAGGAUAGUAAUAUCCUCUACAUUAAAACAAAUGAAUGAGAAACACUGGAAAAAAAUUAAACAGAUUUAGGUUUUUGACAGCUUGCCAAGUUAUCCCCUCUCAUUCCUUUGAAGGUAGAUUACAUACUUUGUAUGUACUACUCUUUUUAAAUGGCAGUAUGAUUUCUUUUACUGUACUUUGUAUUCAAAAUUCCAUUCAUGGUACUUUUUUUAACUGUAACAUUAAACAUGGCCUUGAUCAUUACCUCACAGUGAUAUUAGUGCUGUUUCAGAACCCUUAUAGAUGCUUUGACUGGAUUUGAAGCUGUUACAACUUCAGACCUCUCCAGUCCCCCUCCUCUUAAAACCAUUACAAAUAAGCUGUAGUCUAAGGCGAUAUGAGGGUUUCACUAUUAAGUCACAAAUUCAAGAUGUCAGCUGGGCAGUGGAAAAGGAUGUUUCUUAUAGCUACAAGUAGUUUGUGAUGCUCUCUCUUUAAUGAGAAAAAACAUUGAAACAAAUGGAAUCUAUUUUAUUGAUAGCAUCAUGAUGGAAUUUCAGUUAAGGUAUCUUUUUCUGGAGCCUUGUUUCCAUUUAAGUGGAGGGAAAUGUACUUUUUUUUAGAGAAUCUGUACACUUUAUUUACAUUUUUAGAAGUAUACCAUAAUUUUGUUUUUAUUGUUGAUAUUAACAAAAGAUCUUUUGCUAUAUGUUUGUCUUAUCUUAAUUCCAGCUCCAUUCCCUGGUGGUUGCUGCCUCACUUGUAACAUGGAAUUUGAUCCAAAUCUGGUCAUAUCCUAUGAUAGAGUGGAAACUAAUGUUACCUUUGCAUAUGCUAAUGUGUACUAUAAAAGGUAGGUUAGAUUACUUAUAAGAGCAUACAUUUGGCAAUACAUGGUGUAGAGACCUGACAUGGCUUUUUAUUUGUAUACCCUCAAGUAAUAUUUUUGGUGGGUUUAGGAAGAAUCACUGGUUACUUUCAACUGAUAACAAGAUAUCAAAUCUGUAGUGGAACAAAGGGUUUUUUUUUUUUUUCAUCUUUGGUCAGUCACAUUAUUUCACUACCCUGCAACUUUGUAUAAUAUAUGUGACUAACAUUGUGACUAAUAUCUCUUAUGUUUGAGUCAGAUCAAUAGACACUCUGAAUUGAUGAACUAUUUCUUUCUUUUUUCCCUGUGUUUCUUUUUCCACAGGUCUGAGAAUUCUAGUUCUGUACCAUGUGAUGGGAAUAAAAUUCAUCCAGAGAAGUCACCAGAACAUUAUCGUCUGGAGUAUGAUAUCUAUCUUAUGUUUCUUGAAGAAGGGGAUACAUCAGAGGACACUUUUUUUAAGGGAUUGCAAAAAAUGGCUUAUCCAGCUGUUAUCAAAACCAAUGGAAAAAAGGUCAGAUUCUUUUAUUUAUGAUUUAUGUAAUAUAUAUUGACUUCAAAGUUUCCAGUUGGCUCAUCGCAAACUAGAUGAAAUUGGUACAAUGUUCAUUUACCAUUGUUUGCUGCCUUUACUUUUCUGCACAGAAUUUGAGUCUGAAUUGUAUGACUAUGUAGUAUCACCUUUUUGCAGCUUGAAUAGUAUUGUUUAUCAGCAAGUUGCAUACAUCUAGAAGUCUUUCAAAUAAAGGUGACUGUAACAAAACUGUUUUACAAAAGAUUUGGUAUUCUUGACCUCUGGUGACUAACCAAUUAUAUUCAAGCUUCUCAUUUGAAAGCUGAUUUUCAUCAGAACUAAGCCAUGCACUCACCUCAUAAUUCCAGCCAUACUGUUAGCUCUAAACCAAUGAGAAGUGUAGUCAUUUCCUUAUUUACAACUUCUUCAAAGGAGCAAAAGCACUACUCGGACCAAAUGUUAAAGGCCAAAGAAGCAAUCAGUAAAAACAUCGGGUGUGAAAUAUUGUUGUUACCUCCCUUACAGAUUGCCUCUCUGAAAGCACCAACACUUCCCGUGGCAAAAUUUGAUACUCACCAAGUUGGCCAAGGUGUUGUGUACAAUGUUAUAGUGUAUGAUCCAGUUACCAAUAAGGAGGCUGCAUACUCACCAACAGUAAUCUACGCUCCUAAUUAUCUCAGGCGUAAGUCGCAAUUAAAGGAGAAUCAUGCUACAGGAACUAAUAAUACUUAACCCUUUAACUCCCAAGAUCUGAUUGUUAAUUCUCCCCUCUGGCUGCUACACAUUUCCUUGUAAAUUAGUUAUGAGAACUUAGUGCUAGAUCAAGAUAGCAGCUUCUACCUGAUAAGUUUGAAUAUUCUCAUUACCUGUUUGCUGAAGAAUGUAUGGAUAUUGUAGGGAGAAGUUUUACGUUAAUCACCUCUGGGAGGUAAAGGGUUAAUAUCUCCUCUAUGAAAAGUACACAUUGAAAAUAUGCUUUUUACCACUUUUGAGAUUGGAAAGAGUACUCCAGCCAUUUAAAAUUUAUCUUCAAAUGAGCCCAAGACUUCUGUAUGGACAUCAUUAUUUUCAAAACAAUUCAGUACUGUAGCCGCAUAUACAAUGCUGUUAUGGGUGGUUACUCUGGACUCUCAAAUCUUGAUCAGUGUCAUUAUUUCAUACAUAUUUUUCUAAAAGUGAGUUUCAAAUUAUAUAGUUUCUGAAGCAUGUACUUUUCGUUAAGUGCACAUUUACAAUGCAUUGGUUUCAGUCCUUAGUCACAUCAUGUUUUUGUAAAUUUGGAAAUCUUUUGUUAUGGGUAGCUCUUGAUACAUUUGCUCAACAUCAGGUCUUCACAGGUUCUUACCCUCAACACUGGAAACUGGCAGAGGUUCAAAUCUUCACAAGGAACUUAAAUUUUCUUUGUGAUUAUGAUUUUUCUUCAUAAAAUCCUUACUGAUGUCUUUUAUUCCUAAAAUAUCAGAGUUAAAUACAUAAAACUACAUUUAUGUUAAAAAAGGGUUAAAAGUAGUGUGUUAACUGUUUGUUUUACAGUUGGUGUUGUUGAUGCUGUAUUUGCUGUCACAGGAAGUUUGAUUGGGUUAAUCUUUUGUUUGUUUGGGUUUCGGCUCUUCAAAUUCAGUGAGUAACAAUACUGUUUCUUGUGUAUCAAAUAACUCUGCUUUUGGUGAAAAGUUUUAUGCACCAUUCACACCAAAGCUUAGACACUAUUUUAAGGUGUUUUUUAGACAAAGUUUUCUCAAAGAAAUGGCAGAAACUGAUAUUGCUUUGCUUAUAAUUAAGCACUAUAAAAAUACAAGUUAGUGAUUACUUGGACUCCAUGUAAAGUUCAGUUUUUUUUGUUUUUGUGGCAAAAAUGAUUUCCACUCAGUGCAACUCGCUUUAUUGAAAUUUUUUGUUGGUGUGAAUGGGGAAUUAGUCUGACUAAUUUGCUCCAUUAUCAGUGUCAUUUGACAAAUUAUAAUUGUGAGAUAUUUCCAAUUAUAAUAUGUUUUGUUUUUGUGCUAUCCAGGAACUAAAGUGAAAAAAAUGAAACAGCCUGAAAGAAGAAAAAUAGUAGAAAGGGUUUACAUUUGUGUCCCUCAAGUAAUAGACUGAAAACUUACUGUACACCUCAUCUCAAUUGCAAGGCUCCUUCCUUCCCAUUUAAUAUGGGACUUAGUCCCCCCUAAGAUAGUCAGGUUUUUCUAUCCUUGGGUGCUUUUCAUUCAAACAGUUAUUCCUUAACUGCAAUAUGUAAUAAUAAUUACAUUAACUUAUUGGAAGAGUGGGAAGGACAAAUGGCUAAAUGUUUGGCUCAAGGUCAUGACUAAGAGUCAAAUAUCUUCCAUUAGGCGACUGACCUAACUCUGGCAGUGAGCAUUUUAUCAUGAUAUGACAACAGCCCUUUUUCUUUCCUCCUUGCUUCUCACAUUUUGCUUCCUGCAGGACUGUUCACAGAGCCAUUUGGCUUUUUUACAGCCCUGUUUGUAUGGUAGUGUACAGCCCUCAUUUAGGUAUUUUUCAUAGCUGUUUUGAAGCACACAUUGGAAUUCCAACCAUUCUUACCUCUAACAAAAAUCAAAAGUUCCUAUUCACCAGCAUCUCAUUUUUUUUUUCAGCCUUAUUUUUUGGAGGACUUGCAAAUUUUUCCAUUAUAUUCUUCAUCAUCAUCGAUGCCAACAGUAACUUAAGUCAUCUUGGUAUGUAGGAUGCCCUGAGUUUAAAUAUUGGUCUAAGUUGACAGGAGGCUUUACCUUACCUAAAAAUACCUGAAUAUGUUUCAUCCUUACUUAACAUGAGUUCUGUGUCUGUUCAUAGAUUUUUUUCCUGUUUAAUUAAAUACUUGUGAAAUGCUGACAAUCACUUAUUCAUGGGGCAUGAAACAAUUCAUGAGCCAAAAACAUAUUGUUCAUAAUUAUUUUCCUUUUUAACAUGUAUCUUUUUUUUUUUCAAUUAAUUUAUCAGGUACAAUGCUGACAAGUGCUGGGUUAGGUGUAGUUUUUGGUUUGUUGUUGUUUGCUUUGUGGUGGUUUACAGAGUGGACAAAGAUUUGUCUCCUGUUCAAUUCAUUGCUCCUUGGUUUCUUGAUUGGAGCAACACUACUGUUCACACCAUUUGGUGAGUAGAGAGGUUAAGUUGGUUUUUUUAUGUGUUAAUCUCUAGAAAGUUCAAGCACAGAGAACAAAUGCUGAGUGACAGAAGCUGAGCUUUUUGUCAUCUGGUCUCUAUGGAUUGCACACUUUUAUAGUGAAAAUAAUUGCAUUUACUGCUUUUAAAAUAUUCUCCUCCUGAUCCAAAAGGUAGUGGAAAAGUGAGCUAUUUGUACAUUAGCUACUGUGUCAUGCCUAAACUCAACAACUUAAACGUAAUCACACAUGUGCCUAUACAUUGGAGUAUGACAAUACAAAUGUUCAGCAAAAAUUCUGAUUGACUUAUUAUUUUGAUUCUGAAUAACUAUUAAAGCCAGUCUAUUUUGCAAUUUCAGGGGACCUGGACUUUGUUCAAGGCAGUGACUUUGACUAUGGGGCCAUCAUCUGUGCAUGUACUCUAGUAUUUCCAGUGAUUUUGGUACUUUGGCCUUUUCUGGUAAGGACAGCACUCUUAGUACUGUAAUGAUAUGGUGUUUUAUGCGGCAGAAAGCUUAUAGAAGGGCAGUUUGAAGUUAUUUGAGAAAGGAAUGUACAUGUUGGGAAUGGAGCACAUUUUUUAUUUGUAUGUAAAAUCUUUGUCAAGAAAUUUUCUGCUCAAUUAUUACUGCUAAGUAAAGAAGUCUGUAAUAUUUGAUUGUCUUCAUGUGGGGUAUCAUCCUACUUGAUGUCCAUAGUUUUAUGAGGCAGGUGUUAACCAAUUUUGAGGUCAAUCAUUCUUCAUUGAGUUUUUUCUCUUUGUUUGAAGAACUUACACUUCAAAUGUCAGCACUUUUCUAGUGGCACUUUAACCAGUGAUUUUGUUCUUUUGUCAUAAGUAUUCCCUUUUCUUGUUGAUAUAGCAUAACGUUUUGUGUAGAAACAACUCAUCAAAUAACCUUGCUCAGUCUAUAGUAAUUGGUGUCAGAACAAGCCUACAAAUGUUUGUGUAAUCUUAAUGUUCAGUGUUACAGUGUUUACCAUUAAUGCCAGGGUGGAGUCAUUUUUUCUGCAAUUUUACACUCAAGGCUUUUAAUAGAAUUCCUAAACUGAAGCUGAUAGAUGUUGAACUUUACUCCCCAGCUCUGUGUUCUUUACACUUCCAUUGUGUCUGCGUAUGCUUUUAUUGUAGGUAAGUAUGCAUAUUACUUGUUUCAAUGCCCUUACCAUGUGUUACAUAUCCAGUACAAGUAUCCGUGGUUAGCAUGAUUUAAUUACACAUUCAUUUAAAAAUCUAUCACACAAAAGCAAUGAUAACCUUUUCCUAAGUACCUCAGUUGGUGAAUGGGAUGGAGAAAGUGUUAGUGGAUGUAACAAAAGUUAACAAUGUGUGGAAAAUGGAAAUCAUGGCUGAGUUAAUUUAUUCAUUUUCCAAAACAGUGUGGUGAUUAUGGUGAAGUGCUUAACCCUUUAAGUUCCACUAGUGACCUAAACAGAAUUUCUCCUUACAUUAUCAGUAUGAUAUCAAGCAGACAAGUAAUGAGAAUACAGAAAGGGGAUUAUUAGUUGAUCCAAUUCCAAUUUCUCCAAACUAACAUAACAUAAAUUGUAUGGCAGACAGUAAGGAGAAUUACUUAUUAAAUCUUGGGAGUUAAAGGGUUAAACUCCUCUUUCCUCUGGGAACAUGGUAUUGAUGGAAUUUGAAUGACUCCAAUCUCAAAAUUUCAGAUAUUUAGGCUUGGGGAUCUCCAGUUGGAUAGUCUAAGUUUUACGAUUGCUGUUUCAAUUGACCAUCGUGUUGUGCAUAAUCAACAGUUAUCAAUAGACAAAUGAUAUCUUGUUACUAAUUCUUUGAAUGACUUGGUUUUUCUAGGUAUUGAUUUCUUCAUCCACACAAGUAUUUCCUUUAUAGUGAUCGAUGUCAUUCUUCAUGCUACCAAGCCACAGUAUCGGCGCGAUCAUAUAAAUGUUACGAGGCCUUUCCAGCGAAAUGGUGAGUAAUCUUGCCUCGCCUAAAGAACUGUUGUGGAAUGGUCAGCGCCCUAAGCUUCGAAUGUGAAAAUUUCAUUGCAUAAAAUGUAAUGGUAUACCUAUUGUUGUUCUUCCUAGAUUACAUCUUGUCUGCAACCUGGGUCUUCCUGUCAUUUCUCGGUUGCUUCUUUCAGUACGUCAUGUGUAGAAACAGACAAUUUCCAAAAAGUGGUUUUAUUGAACAGAAGAGAAUCAGAAAGUAUUUUAUCAGUAAAAAUAUGAGUGAGGAGACAACGCCAAUUUUGAUUAACAGUGACGGUCAAAGAACAUAUGGAGGGAAUACUAUCUGCUGAUAGUCGCUGGGCUGUCUUCUACAGGGUGACUUAGUUUUUCGGUUGCUGAGAGAUUAGGAGUUGAAUGCAGCAUUAUGAGGUUUUUUAGGGGACUUGUCAUUGUUCCUCGCACACCUUGAUAAUUAAGGUCAGAUAAUUUCUCGGAAAAAUUGGUUAAUGCCUUACAAAAACAAUUGAAAACUAAGUAUUUACCCAACAAAAGUAAUGACAUUGAAUUUUCAUACAUUUUGAGAUGACUUUGGUUCCUUGUUUGGACAUGUGUUUGUCACACUGCACUAUCUUGCUUUCAUUUCCAGUUCCAAAUUUAACUUUCAGUACAUUGUAGCAAACUUUGAAUUGAUGAGAAGGAAAAGGGAAGCAGUGACUAUUGUAUAUGUAACUUUUUCUACCCACGACGUCUUUCGUUGUGUUGAAUUAUCAAUUUCUGUGAGGUGACACAAGUAUCCUUGUUGAUAAAUAAGUCGUUGGUAAAUAACCGUCUUAUAUAUGGCUAACGCUUAAUAAGAGAAGUAAAGAUUUAAAUUUUAUGAGAGAACGAAUAAUGCAAACAAAGUAUUUUCAUGAAUAAAUUCCAAAUAGAUUGUACGAGCCUUAUAUUUUCUUUGUUUAUUUAAAGGAGUGUUAUCUUCGAGGGUCAUUUCUAACUACAUACCAUUUUGGCGAGGUUCAUAGCAAGAUCGCACGCUAGUGUUUACGUAGUGACUUGAGGCCACAAAUAAACUUGGCAAUCAAUCAGAGCGCAGUGGUCGGCGUUAUCACAGUACAAGUGAAAAGUAUAUAUCGGAAGCUUGCCUGUAUUUCUUAGAAGAAAGUUUUGAUUUGAAGAAUGAUGCGAGGGCGUAAGUAAAGAACCCAACGUUGUGCUAGGGUGCUAUAUGAUGUCGCCGCCUAAACCAGAGAAAAUCGACAACAUCGUUAUCAUUUAAAUUUUUUGGAAUUAAAAUUAGUCUCCAUCCUCACUAGUGAGGAAUUUUCUUUCUCGAGCAUUUUUUCUGAAAAGCUAGAGAGUUAUAUUAAAGCCUUUUCUUUCGAAGUGACGCUUGAAGUAAAAAUUGUCAAAGUUUCUGUCAAAAACCAAGUCAAAGGCCUUAAAAUCGAUACGGUUAGCGGUAGAUAACUAGAAUGACUAUUAUGACGUCAGUGAAUUUAUUUUAGGAUGAUUUCCUUGACCUUCAACCACAGGGAACGUUUUAUUGAACGUUUUGAAACCAUCCAAAGACAUUCGAGUUUAAUCUGAGAUCACUUCGUCUUAUAUCUUAUUUGAUAGCUUUCCUUUAAUAGAAACAUUUGUCCUCUCGUGGAAGAGAAGAUUGCUUUUAUUAAAUAAGGCAAAUGGCAUAAUCACAGUUUCAAAAUGUAGCCAAACAAUGUCUAGACAAAAUUAUUUCAUUAACUCAAGCCUGGAUGCGAUACACUUAAGCCACGUUAUGACGAACACUACAAUGAAUCCCAUUUAUUACCAAGCGCCCUUGUUUCCCCUCAUUGCAGGGAAGACGUUUUAGACAACGCGACAAUAUCGAGCUUUGUUUAUGAAAGUGCGAUUCUUAUCGGCU